CAGCUCCGACGGCCAAGAGCAGACAGAGCUUUAGACGAGCUGGUACAGCUGAGCUCAACCGGUGACAACCCGCCGUCUGUGUACUCUCCGAAACAACCCUAGACAAGAAGAGUAGACAAGAGGUGGCGACUGAAUAAGAAACAGCGAGAAGGGCGCGAAGACAAAAGGGACAAAUUGGAUCACAUUUUCCUGGCUAACGUUGCUCUUAUCCCCGCCACAGACACACACACGCACAUUUCACACCUUUUUUCAAGACAGCCGGCAGCGGGUAAAGUUGGUCCCCAGUCUCGCUUGUGAACAUUUCUAGUAGAACGUCUUGUUGAGGAUCGACUUGUUACAGUGCGGAUUUUUCAGACCUGGUCCCCAGCGGAUGAACGAUGCCUGUUGGAUGCUAACAUUUCCGGAGGAAGGCUGUCCUUGAACGUGCCACAUGCGCGUGGAAGAUAUGGAUCCGCUUUCACUAUAGCCAAGAUUUGCCGCGUUUUUUAAAAAAAAAUUUCAGUCCUCGUUCUUUUUUUUUCAAAUUUACUUUCAUCCUCAUUUUAAAGGACCUUUGGGAUUACUAGACUCUUCUGGGGUUACAAUCAUGAACUUUGUUGUUAGUUUGGUACAAAUUCUCUUGGCAGCGGUUCUUCACCUAUCCACAGUAAAGACUGCCAGCAUUAACAAGGGAGUGGAUAAGCGUAAAAAUGAGGUCAUCCAACUCACAGAAGUCAUCAAUAAGAGUCGGUGCCAGCCAAGAGAGGUGCUUGUGGAUAUCUCCACGGAGUAUCCAGAAGACACGGAGCACACCUAUAUACCUUCCUGCGUGGUCCUCAGUCGGUGUGGAGGCUGCUGCAGUGACGAGGCGAUGGAGUGCGUACCGACUGAAACCCGCAACGUUACACUGCAGGUAAUGCAGCUGAGAACAAUGGUAAUACAACAUAAAAUCCAGUUAAGCUUCACGGAGCAUCAAAAGUGUGAUUGCAGAUUAAAGCCAGAAGUUCAAGCAAAUAAUGAAUACCACUGUGCGCCUUGUUCAGAGAGAAGGAAGCGCUUGUUUGUGCAGGACCCUCUCACCUGUAAAUGCUCCUGCAAAUUCACACAAUUAGACUGCAAGUCCAGGGAGCUUGAGUUAAACGAAAGAACUUGCAGAUGUGACAAACCGAGGAGGUGAGACGGGGUGAUGCAGACUACACUGUUAUGAAGGAAUUCUCUUUGGCACAGCACUUUGAAACCUGAGGAUGCAUUCCCUGCAAGACGCUCCACGACAACGCCAGACUGGACAUUCUGGAUGCUGAUCCCACCUAACGCUAUACAAUAUAUUAAUGUACAUAUUCUCUCCAAGUACAUCAACAAUGUGUAUUGCUGCUACUAUUUAAGACUAAAACGACUUACGCUGCCGCGUGUGAACGGGAAGAGCGAUGAUGAAGCGAAAAUCAGCGCAAGGAUUUAUAGAUUUUAUUCGAUGUAACACUUCACUGGAUGCUUGUCUGCUGUGGAUAUGAACAUUGACAUACGCCUCACGUUAAGGAAAGAAACGAUUGAAUCCUUGAAUGCAGCGAAAAGACAAACUAAAGGGGGACUGGUGGACGAUUAAGGACCUGCAGCACUUGAACUGUAUGGCAGGUUGAAGAAGUUAAGAAGUAGUUUCUCCAGGGUAGGAAGAGACUACACUUAAAAGGACAAUCCGACACAACUGCUGACACAGGUAGUGACGAAUAAUGUGACCUUCUUCCCCCCGGACGGAAGUUCAGUGACGAUGGCAAGAACCAAGCGAACAUUUUGCCAAGGAGUUUUGCGAAAGAUUGGGGGCGUGUAUCCAAGUAACGGUUUGAAAGUCAGGGUUAAAGGUAACGGACCACGACCCGUCUGGUCCGGCCUUCGACACACAACUUCUCCUGAGUUGGAAAGUAUAUUUUCUGUGCACAGAGUUUAUUUGUAUUUUUUUAAAUAUUGUGUUACUUUCACAAAAUGUCUUGAGACCAGGCUAAAGGGAUGUUGUUGUAGGUGUGUAAGACAAUGUGUAAUGACUAGAUGACCUGAGAACAGGUCUGUCCGUAACUAAAAAAAAAACGCUAAGCCGUUUUAGAUCCUCCUGAGAGCUAGUGUCCUCUGAAGUGGACGUAUGUGUUUUGCAUAAAAGGGCAAUUAUUUUUCCUCAAAAUAUAAAGACCAGAACCACUAAUGUCCACUGCAGUUUUUAAAUAAGAAGUCAUUUUUUCCCCCCGAAAUGUUACUCUGACAACAGAAAUUGACAUUUGUGUUUUGCAUAACAAGACGUUUGUUUUAAAUGUGUAAAUCUGACACAAUUUGUUUUUGAAUCAGACGGCAAUUUUUCCCCCCGAAAUGUAACUCUGACAAAAGAAAUUGACACAUUACAAAUGUCCACUGCAGUGGACAUAUUGUAUGUGUUUUGCAGAACGGGGUUUUUUUUUUUUUUUUCCCUAAACGUGUAAUUUCUGUCUUUGGUCUAUCACUGCAGUGGACAUUUGUGUUUAGCAUAACAGGACUAUUUUUUCCCAUUUUUGUAAUGCAUAAGAAGACUUAUUUUCCCCGUAAUAUGUAACUCAGACAAAAAAAAUAGACCAAAGGCAUAUGUCCACUAUAGUGGACGUAUGUGUUUUGCAUAACAAGACUAUUUAGAUUUUUUUUUUACGAAACAUGUACCUCUCAAAUGCCGAUUUGACGCAGCGGGACUUUUUUUUUUUUCCUGAAAUGUGUACAUUUGACAAAGGAAAGACGCCAAAUGUCCACCGUGUUCAACAUAACGGGGCUAUUUGUUUUGUUUUUUAAAACAAAUAGCCCUGUUAUGUUAAACACUAAUGUCCACUGUGGUGGACAUUAGUGUUUAGCAUAACAGGACUAUUUUUUCCUCAUUAUUGUUAUGCAUAAAAAUACUUUUUUUCCCCUUAAUAUAAUCUGGGGAAAAAAAUAGACCAAAGACGUUUGUCCACUAUAGUGGACAUAUGUGUUUUGCAUAACAAGGCUAUUUUUUUUUCUUUUUUUUUUCUGAUACGUGUACCUCUCAAAUGCCGAUUUACGCAACGGGACAUUUUUUUUUUCCUGAAGUGUGUACAUUUGACAAAGGAAAGACGGCAAAUGUCCACCGUGUUCAACAUAACGGAGCUAUUUGGUUUUUUUUUUAAAUGUGUAAAUCUGACCAAACAAAUAGCCCUAUGUUAAACACUAAUGUCCACUGCAGUGGAUAUUUGUUUUUGGUCUAUUUUUUUCCCCGCCCGAAAUGAAAAUAAAUAGACAAUGUCCACUGUAGUGGACGCUGGUUCUCAGGAGGAUUAGAAAAUGGCUCUGUCUGUGUUCCAAAGAAAACAAGUCAUGCUUCCACAACACAGCAAUUCAUCGUCAAUGGCUCGUACGUACUUACUUGAUAUCCCUUCCGUCAAAUAGAUUACAUUUUAAUUUAUAGAACGCGUUCAGUAUUCUGUAUUAUAAUAUUUAUAUGCAGUGUUACAGUGAUUUUGUUGUUUGUCCUCACUCUCAAUCUGCUUUGAGAUUGAACACGUUCGACAAGUGGAUGCCUUUUUUUUUUCUGGUUUUUUUUUUGCGAGGGACUGAAAACAAUGCUUUGACAUUCCUGAGUUGAACUCGAGCUGUGUCGUUAAACCGGCCGGAGAGGGGUAGGGGGGUGGGAGGGGGGGGGGGGUCAUGUUGACCAAUAGAAACCCCAAGUCAUCGUGACGCACCGGCACAGGUGCUUUUCAUUUUUGGACCCGGGCUUGUGGUUUUGCACCGGUUUGCCCGCAGACACGUCAUAAGCAGGACAGAAGGAGUCUCGGCUCAGCUCGGACCUAAUCUAGCGAGGACUCUAGUCUGAGGGUGGCCAACUGGCACUGUACUUACUGUGGCUUCUUCGGCGAGGUGCAUUGUUGUUGGAUUAGGAGGAAACAAUGGCGCCGGUGUACGUCAGAAGUGUUAGCACACGCCACACGACGUGAUAACGAGGAGACGUAAUAGACUACACUGACUCGAUACAGAAAAUGUAUUAUCAUAUAUAUUAUUAUUAUCUAUUUGCCUGACAACUGGGUGCCUCUGCAGUGGACUUUUUGGUUGGUGUCUCAAAUUUCGAAGGGGGGG